AUAGGGAGACGGUGGGUAUCUCUUCUCUUUCCCUCUCUAUUUUAACUUCCUUUAUGGCUGCGCCCCUAUCUCCAGCUCAGGGUGUGGGAGGGGAUCUGUGUGUAUUCGUGUGACACACUCAGCUCAGGUGGGCUACUAGAAGGACAUAGUUGCAGUAGUAGUUGUCUUCUCUGAGGGGGCCCUGUAAUAACAUGGACCGUGUGAACUGAGGGCCCCCCAGGCCAACAAACUGAACCAUAGACGCAAGCACAGACCGCACCAUGGUGGCUGAGGAGGUUAUCAUCACCCUAUCCGGAGGAGCACCAUGGGGCUUCCGACUACAGGGAGGAAUCGAGCACCAGAAACCUCUGCAGGUCGCCAAGGUGCGUAAGCGAAGUAAAGCAUGUCGGGCCGGACUACGUGAGGGAGAUGAGCUGGUGUCCAUCAAUGAGAAUUCCUGUGGGAGUCUGUCGCACGCACAGGUCAUGAACCUGAUCGACUGCAUGCCAGGAACGCUACACAUCCGAGUUAGGAGGGCACCGGCUGGCUUCCAGUCGGUGGUUCUUGUUGCUCGAGCUCCUUCUCCCCGCAUUGAUAAAGAGUACCGUGCUGCCCUUAGGGCCAUGUCACCAUCCAGCUCCCGACCUCACCAGUCCAGUGUGCGGCAGAUACACCGUGAACCCCUGAUGUCCCCGACCGGACGCAGUGGACUGACCUCCCCGCCGGGCAGUGAAGCCUACUACGGAGAAACGGACAGUGAUGCAGACGUGGCUGCUCAUGAGAGGCAACGCAAACCAAAACGACGCAGUCCCAGCAAUUCACCUGGCAAGGCUGCUCGAGCCUCACCAGAGGGAGCAGAGACUUCAGAAAUGAGUGGGUAUGACAGUGCCUCGGAUGCCCAAAUGUACAAUCUUUUGGGGCCUAAUAAGAGGGAAGACGCACUGCCUGGUGUAGCCCGCAGAGAAGUGAUUUACCAGCCCCCUCCCCAUGGAGCCUGGUCCUCACAGACCUCAACGGAGACCUCAUCCAUGAGUGCGGAUGACCAAAACCCACGAGAAGCGCUAAUGGAAGAAGACAGUGGGUUUCAGGAGCCCUCAAACCUUCCCCCUCUGGUUUCUCUAGAGAGAGCCAAAGAAGCUCUUAUGCUGAGCUCUCGUAGUCAGUUGGUUCCCAUGGUUGGUCCAGUUGACAAUCCAGUGGAUGAGGAACUCACAUUAACAUACAUGGAUAAAGCAAAACAAGCAAAAUUGAACCGUGGAGAGACGGUCAUGGACAAACAGGUGAAAGAAGCUCGGUCCAAGUGCCGCACCAUCGCCUCACUACUGACGGAUGCACCAAACCCUCAUUCAAAGGGUGUUUUGAUGUUUAAAAAGCGCCGGCAACGCUCCAAGAAAUACACACUAACCAGCUUUGGAAGUGUUGAUGAGGACAUGAGGCAAGACUCUCAAGAAGAGGAUGGCAUAUUUCCUGGCAGCGAAUCAGAGUUUGAUGAGGAAGGUUUCUCUGCUGCACCGGACCCCACAUGGGACAGCGACUAUCUUGAGAUGCUAGAGAAAAGAUCUGCUUCCAGAGGUCAGGAAGGAGAGGGUGGUGCUCUCAGUCCUGGUUUGAGUGAUACUUCUGGGAAGGGGGCACAGUUGUUUGAGCAGCAGAGGAGAAGGGCUGAGGAACAUGCAAAGAAAAUGGAAGCUGCGCAAGAACAGUUACAAAGCCAAAUCCUGGGCAUUGUACUGAAAGAGACGCAAUCACUUCCUCAACUACAGACACUGCAACCUCAACCACAACCAAACUUAUUGAUAAAGCCCAAUGUCCAGCCACCAUCUGUUGCUCCAAAACCUGCCAGACCUUCAAAAACACUACAUCAUGAGGUUGCACCAGCAGAAACACAAAACAUGACACAGAUGAGCACACCUAAGGCCAUUCCUGCUAUGGUUAGCAGGGAUACUUUAAGCACAAUGGUGCCAGCCCCCUCUGUCUUGCUCCAAACUAAUCCCUCAGUACCUUCUGCUGAAACUGUGAUGGUUCCACCACCAACUCCUCUACCAGAAUUACCUGCCAGCUCUGUGUUAAAUAGAACUGCCCGUCCAUUUGCCCCAGGCUGCGUUAUCAAUCGGGCAGCCACCGCUCCUGUUGUGUUUCGCCCUGCAGUCAGUAGAAAGACACCCAGACCUGUUUCGGUGGCUGUGGUGGUACCAUCAUUUUCAGCAGCAUCAGAAGAGCAUGCCAGGGGUGUCACCCCUGUCUCCUUUGUAAGCCAAGUCACAAUGAAUCAAAUGAGUGAAUAUGUCCCUUCUGAAAUGAUACCUACACAGCCCUUUAUGCCUGGAAAGUCUGUUCCUCCAUCUGCUUCUGUAUCCAUGGAAUCAUAUUCUCAACCUGCUCUUCACUGCUCCUCAGUGGAAAACAUCCAGGUUGCAUCAGUGCCACCUCCCAUAGUUCAAACCAAAGAACCUACCUUUCUUAAUAAAGAAGAAACCGCUGUUCCUCCUGCAAUCCCUGUUGACAACAUGGUGACAACUUCUGAGACCCCUACAAGCCCUGUUACUUCGCUGUCACCAAUAGUUUAUCGUGAAAAAACCUCUUCCUCUGGUGGCCGCUCUGGUAUUCUCCGAGAGUCCCAACGCCGUAGUGCAUACAAGCCAAUGUUUAAGAUACCUGACAGCAAGAAGAACUCACCAAACCCUGAACUAUUGUCUAUGGUGCAGAACCUAGAUGAAAGACCCAGGUGUGUAUAUUCUGAACCUGAAGAUAUUACCCACAACAUUGAUGACAAUAGGACAAGGGUCCCACCGCCUGUGGCUCCUAAGCCACGGGUCAUCCCAGAAAUGUCACAGAUCCCUCAAGCAGAGGGAAAAGGUGCAGAGCUGUUUGCUCGUAGACAGAGUCGCAUGGGUUUGUUUGUUGUAGACUCUCCACAUCUGCAGCCUGCACCUCUACAACCCCAACAAUCCCAAUCAGUCAUAGACUUGAUCCAACCACUGGAACCCUUACCAACUCCAUCCCAAUGGAAGUAUUCCCCUAAUGUUCGUGCCCCUCCACCAAUAGGUUACAACCCCUUGCUGUCUCCUUCCUGUCCUGUUGGGGUUCAGCGUGGAGGUGCCAAGGUGUCUGAGGGAAGUUUCAAAGGAAGUAAGGGUACUUAUGGUGUCCCAAAAGAGGGUAUCAAGGUCUUGGACUUCAUGAGGCGGCAGCCUUACCAACUGAACUCUGCAAUGUUCAGUUCUGGUGGCGGCAUUGGCACACAGUCUUCAAUCCCCUCCUACCAGAGGCAACAGAAGGAGGGCCAUACUCUGACACCACCCAAGCAGAUCCCAGUAAAGGCGGCACGUGUGUAUGAAAUCAAACGUUUCUCCACUCCCACCCCAAUGUCAGCACCAACUCUCAACCCCACAGUGAUUGUACCACGCUCACGGACCACGCUUGGCGAACACUUCUCUCAUUCUGACCUGACGUCCCCUCCACCUGAACCUGUGACCGAAUCAACGUCAGCAACUUUACGGGCCCCAGGCCUCCCAGAGCUCCCCAAACUUUCAGCUGUCCCCAUCCCUCACCCCAUGCCGUACUCACCCCCAGCUCCCAUGUCAAGUAUGUCAAGCCUAAGCUACUCUGGGUUCCAAGCUGCCAAACAGUUUAAGAGUGCCCCUGAGUUAAGUGCCCUACCACCAAACCCCUUAAAGUCUCAUAUUCAAGUUCCCAAACCUCGCUUUAUUGCAACAAGAGGGGGUAUCCAGCCCCGCGUCUGGAGGCCUGGAACCCUACCUCACUGACAGUAUUCAUUUAUAUGCAAAAGAAUCUAAACCAUCUGCUUCUGUUCCAGACUCAAAAUUCCUACUUUGAUGAUACAGUGUGAUCAAAGUAUGAUCAAUGUGUUAACAUCUGUUUAAUAUAACUUGAAGAUACAAAGAAAUGAUAUUCUUCAUUUCAUAUGAAAAUAUACUGUGGAGUAUGUUAA